AUGUCUCUCGGCGUCGUCAUCGUAGGAAGCGGGAUAUUUGCCCGGGAAGAGCACUUGCCCGCAGUACAGGCAGCCAAGGACUUCACCCUCAAGGCCAUCUACUCGCGGUCAUUGAAAUCAGCACAGAACCUUAUCGGCGAGAACUCGAGCGUCGAUCUAUAUUCUGAAGAUUCCGGCUCUGGAAAGACUUAUGAUGAUCUUCUUGCUCGUGAGGAUAUUCAGGCAGCUAUCAUUGCACUCCCAAUCCCGAUUCAACCAGAAUUCGUACGUAAGGCUCUUUCUGCAGGAAAGCAUGUCCUGUCCGAGAAGCCCAUCAGCCAGGACAUCGCGGCAGCGCAGGAGCUCAUAAACUGGUACGAAUCCAACGUCGAUACGAGCAAGGUUUUCUGGGGCGUGGCGGAGAACUAUCGCUACAUGAAGCAGUACGUCUAUGCGGCCGAGCAGAUUCGAAAAUUGGGCCGUGUUAGGAAUUUCCGCGUGAAUAUGCAUACGAAGAUACAGCCGGAUUCCAAGUAUUACUUGACUGAGUGGCGCAAAGCACCCUCUCACCAAGGAGGCUUCCUCCUCGACGGAGGUGUGCACUUCAUCGCGGGUUUGCGCUUGUUUCUGGGCCCGACAGACCCAAUCACCACCCUGUCCGCCCAAACGCGUCUGCUGCAGGAACACCUAGCGCCUGUAGAUACGGUCGAUGCGGUCCUGAAGACGAAGUCAGGUGCUACAGGUAUUUUCUCUGUGUCCUUCGGGUCCGACUUCAAGGACACUGCAUAUGAGAUUGCGUGUGACGGGGGAGUGGUGACACUCACAUUUGACGGUGUUACCGUCAAUGGAGUGAAGCAGGAUGUUGAGUAUGAUGGUAGGGGCGUUAAGGAUGAGGUAGCGGACUUCGCCGCUUCUGUCGCUAAGGGUGGGCCAUUGGACAGAAGGCAGACGGUGAGUGAGGCCCUGGCAGAUCUGGAGAUCCUGGAGAAGUUUUUGAAGAGUGGUGAAAAGGACGGUGAGAAGAUCAGUUUGACUCUGCAGGGUUGA